AUGCGGCUACUGUUCGUGGCUUUCCUGCUGGCCUCUCUGCGGCUCCUGUCAACACCGGCUCCGUCCAUGGCGCUUCGUUACACGUCCUCACAGCUCAUCAGACUCAACCACCGCGCACCUCCUUCACUGGACAUCACCUCAACUCUGCAACAACACUGUCUUGUCCGCCGUCGCCCCUACAUCCACCGAGGGUCCCGUCGCAAUCUUGUCUUCAAUUUCACAGGCAAAAGCAAUAUUCCCUCUGUCUGGUCCGCCUGCAGAUCCAUGCGCAGCUCACACCGGCUUGGUUCCAACAACAUCCGCAUACGUCAUCAGAGCACUCAUCACGUGACUACAUCAAACCUCCUGGGUCAGCAGCUCGUCCCCUUCAGAAAGUCCAAACUCACUCACUACUUGCAGUUCUUCUUCUGUGGCCCCGGGUCAAAGGUCACCAUGGUCGUCAACAUCAACCAAAACUCGACCAGCUUCGAGACGCUGAAUGUGCUCAGGUUCUCUGCCCUGGCUCAGAAGCGCCAAAAUUACUACAUUAAGUCCAGUACCACUCGAGUUGAUAAGAAGGAACAAACCAUCUGUGAACUGAACCAGACCAUCUGUAGACUAGAGAAGCAGCUACAGAAGGAGGAGCUACAGAAGAGGAAGGAGGAUCUACAGAAGAACCAGGAGGAGCUACAGAUGAAGGAGAAGGAGAAGAAGGAGGAGCUACAGAGUGUUCAGAGGACCUCUGCUCACUCUCUUCCCCUGAAGAGCGGCGCACGUGGGCGGAGUCUGGAGCUGUUUUCCAAAAUGGCGUCUGGGUAG